UCCAAUCGUAUCAAUCAGACAGGCUAAGAGGUGGGAUGCUGCCCUCCACUGUUCAAAGUUCCCAAUCAGAUUUGAAGUCUGUAAUCACAGUUUGAAGUUCUCUUUACACUGAUCCCACUCCAACUCCUUCUCUAUUCAAGAAGCUAUCAAGGGUAUGUGAUGUCAGAACAUCAAAGGCUAAUUUUGGAUGUGAUGUCAGAUAUAUAUUUGCAACUGCCGUAAAAUAAUGUGCAGCGCAUUAGGGAAGAGAACAAAGCCUUUUAAGGAUUUUCAGGAGAUUCAAGAAUUAAGCAGAUGUCUGUGACCACAGCUUAGCAUUGCUUCGAUCAUGUACUCAACGCAACCUGUCCAAGGAAACCAGCUGUUCACAGGAUGUUUGCUCACCUCUGCAUCCUCCAAAUACAGGGUGCAGAAAUACCUUGGGCAGGGCACCUUUGGAACAGUUGUAAAAUGCAAGAGGAUGAAUGAUGGGGAGAUCGUGGCCAUUAAAAUGAUGAAGUCUGAACACUUUUGGAAGGCGAAAGAGGAGGCUGCUAUCCUGAGGAAACUUAAAUCACUGGACCCAGAAAAAUCCAACCUUGUCCGUUGGUACCAGAUGUUCAAAGACAGAGGACAACUUUGCCUAGAGUUUGAGCACCUAGACAAAAGUCUCUAUGACUUGAUGAGAGAAAGACGUUUCCAACCUCUUCCACUGAAGCAUGUCAGACCUAUUGUCAAGCAGCUCGCCAAUGCACUCAAUUACUUGAGGGCAGCUAGAAUAAUUCAUGCAGACCUCAAGUUGGAGAAUGUGAUGCUGGUCAAUCAACAAGUGGAGCCCUACAGAGUCAAAGUGAUUGACUUUGGCCUAUCCAGCGAUGUUCGGUUUACCACGGUGGGCUCAUACAUUCAGACUCGUCCUUUUCGUUCUCCAGAGGUCAUUUUGGGACUCCCUCUCACAGAGGCCAUAGACAUGUGGUCCCUGGGAUGCAUGGUGGUUUUCCUCUACCUCGGCACUAUGCUCUACAGUGGUGACAGUGAAUAUGAUGUGAUCAGGAACAUAAUAAAGACUCAGGGUCAGCUACCACACAGCAUGCUCUGCCAAGGCAGAAAAACUCACUUGUAUUUCAUGAAAGACAAGAGGUCCACUACCUCUCUUUGGAAACUUAAGAACCCAGAACAAGUCCGAAGAGACAAGCGGAAAAAGCCAGUGGAGAAACAGAAGUGUGAGAUGACCUCACUGGAUGACCUCCUAUAUACACAUUCGAUUAACAGUGACAACAACGCAGAUCAAGAUGCACAGUGGAAAGAUGUGCAGAUGUUCGUGAACAUGGUGAAGGAAAUGCUUCAGCUUGAUACUGACACAAGGAUAACUCCCUCUCAGCUGAUGCAGCAUCGGUUCACCAGGAUGUUGCACAUUAUUAACCUGUAUCCAAGGAGCAAGUAUGUCAGGGACUGCUCCGAUAUGAUGACAUUCUGUCAAAAAAACAAAACUCAGGGCAGAGCAACGCAGCAACCAUCCACCAGGACUGCCAGCCCCCACAAGCAUCACUGCAUCAACCCAAGUCCAGGGUCCAGGAACCAAACCUCACAAAGGUCACACGGGUCAUGGGUGAAUAGUAAGGUUGUAGAUGUCAAGAACACAAAGAACACUGACACUGUGGUGACGAACCACCCAAGCAUGACUGCCACUGAAGUGAGGAGCCACCCAAACAUGACUGUUACUGCAACGAGACCCCACCUGAACACGACCGACACUGCAACAAGGAGCCACCUGAACAUGACCGACAAUGCAGUGUGGAGCCACCUGGACAUGACCAACACUGCAGUGAAAAGUGACCACAACAUGACCAUUAGGAAGAAGAUAGCUGAAUAUUAUGAUGUAAAACCUAAGCUUGCCAACAAGAAGUACUAUAGUGAUAAUAGCAGUUCUCACACAAACUCUGCAAGUCCAUCCAUCCCAAGCUCCAGCAGGGGGGCUGAGACAUAUGUCCCGACAUGGGACAAGAGAAAGGUAGCUCUUAGUGAAGACUGUGAUCACAAUUACGAUGUGAGGUCAGACCUUAAGAGGCAGAGGGCUGAGAACUACUCAGCAGACAGAUCCCCCUGCAAUAGCAACCAUGACUCUACCCACAUUGUCCCUGAUCCGUCUUAUCACAGGUGCAGGCCAGAAGAACAACGUCCUUCAGACAGCACCUGGAAUGAGAGACAUGUCUGUUCAGGGCAGAAAAGAAAAGCUGGUGCAACCGCAGGUUCACACAAGCCAGGCUGCAGCAACAGACCUGAAUCUACCCACACUGACCAAUUUCACUCAAAUCAGCGAAGGCCAGAUAAACACGUCCAACACAACUCUCCACAUUCACCAGACAGCCCUCUGGCCAAGAGACGAGUUCUAUCAGUUCAGAAAAGAAAAAUACCUCCAGAAGAAGAAGUGCGGCCUACAAGAAGAACUUGCGAUCACUGGUUAGAUGAAACACAGACGAUCCAAAGAGGUUCUGCAGCACAAGUUCCAUCGACAUCGGGCUGCAGUGACAGACAUGAAUCUACCCACACUGACCAUUUUCACUUGAAUCAGAGAAGAAGGUCAGAUAAACAUCCCAACUGUCCACAUUCAACAAACAGCACUCUGAUCAAGAGACCAGUUCGAUCGGGACGGAAAAGAAAAGCCCCUCCUGAGGAAGAAGAUGUGCUACCUUCAAAAAGAACUUGUGAUCACUCAUUAAACAAUAGAAAGUUGACACAGAGUUCAGCAGGUCCAAAAACAUCAGAGUGCAGCAUCAGUCAUGAAUGUGAAGAUGUGCAGAUGUGCAUGCUCAUGUCUCGUACCCCCGAUGUUCACCUUCUUCCACCAAACACUGAACCAGUAGAAGAUAAUACCUUCUCACCCAAACACCCAACUUGCCAAGGCAGAUGACCACCCACCAAGAGAAUGGUUCUUUCACAGUUCCUGCCUAUAAACAUUCAAUCUAUAUCUGAUAAUGACUAAGGCAUGGGAACAAAAUGUGUCAUGACACAUGACAAUCGACAAAUUAGGGUUUAUUUUAUUUUAUUUUCAUAAGAAUUAAGUUAUGCAUUGUGCACAAGACACUUAAGAGAUGAACAAGUAGAUUUCAUGAAUAAAGUCCCAGUCCUCACAGGGCAACAUCCCUUCAAAGAUGACACAUGAGAGGAUGAGGUCCAAUGAGACCAUAUUUCAAUUUUCUAAGAACUCCAAAAGUGAAACAUGGUGGCAACAUAUGGGCAUUUUAGCUGCAGGGGCAGGGAGAUCCAUCAGAAGUGAAGAAAGAAUACAUUGAAGCCAAAUACAUAGAUCUCUGAAGAAAAAUCUGCUCCAGUCCAGAGGGAAUACAAACAGAGACCGAGGUGACACUUCACUGCUGAGUCUUUGAUUAUCCACAAAGGUCUCCGACAAUGCCCAGCUCACAGACUAGAUUAUUUUUAAUAAAAAAAAAAAAAACUCCAAAAUGAUGUUGAUGGCACAUUUUGUCCUUUCAUAAAGGGAAUUUGUAGUCUAAUCCAGCCACUGGGGUGUAUAAGUGAACUUGGUGCCGGUCCCAAGCCCGGAUAAAUGGAGAGGGUUGCUUCAGGAAGGACAUCCAGCGUAAAAUCAAUGCCAGUCAUGAUAAGAAAGAUAAAUGUCAAAACAUCUGCUGAGGUGACCACUAAUCAAGAGCAGCAGUCGUCUAACCAAGAGAAAACCACUUGUGCUCCGUUUAUGCUUGCAUCAUUCGCCAUGUUAACUGCGUUUCGGCUGCUUCAGCAGGCCCAACCAGUGUCAUUUUUCGUCAGUGACAGAGGUAACUGUGAUUGGCUGUUUAGCUCUAGCCAAUCAGAAGACGAGAAGAAACAUCAACACGACAAAGCAAAAAAAAACCCUAAAGAGUGCACAUACAAAAGACUUUUUUCACUGAUUUAUACAGACUACAGCCAUCUGCUGGGGAAAUGAAAGGUAAUUUCCUCUCAUGCAGGAACAGACCAUAUGCACAGUUUGCCUGUUGGCUGUAGUCGAUGCGUUGUGUGUGCAAGUGCAACUUUUUCCCCGUCACAUGCCAACUGAGGCAGCAUUGCAGUUGGUCAUUGUUAUUCGUCUUUGGCCAACCACAGGGCCUUCCUGGUCCUCAAAUAUUAAGAAUUAUUAACUAUAAAUGAUAGAUUAAUACUAUUAUUAAUAUAACUAAUAAACAAUCACCCAAAUUAUACUAUUUGGACAGUGUCAUAAAGAGCAGUUGUGGAUUGAAGAGGAGAUGGAAGACCAGCCCCCCACAGUGUAGUCAAGAAAUAAUCAAUUACCAUUGUUAUAAAAUAUAUAAUAGAACAUUUUCCCUUGAAAGAAUUGGAGUGUAACCCACAAAC